AUGGAGCAACAUAAUGAGCAACAGCAGCAAGUCCGAACAACAGGUCGGAUAAAGAAACCGAAAGCGGUAUUUGAUCCAUCGGACAAUUAUUUACCCAGAGCACAGCGUUUGUCAAUAGCCACCCCUCCUGUUGGAGCUGGCGGUGGAACUGUAGGUGGCAGCCAUCAAAUUCAGGAACGUCGCAGCACACAUAGUCGAAUGUCUACAGCAUCGUCAUCAGAUAGUACAACUGUGUCCGUAUCUAUGUCCAAAGAAGUCUGUGUUGGAUGCGGCAAGCGUGAAUCAAAGCGACCAGCAUUUGCUUUUAAAAAUCCCCUAAUUUCGUGUGCAGAAUGCGAGAACAAAAUCCAUAAACUUUGUCUUAAAGUUGACUUCGAUGAUUUUGAAAAAGUGCGACAGAACUACAAGUGUGAAAAGUGCUCACCAUGUUCAAUCUGUAACAAAAGAGGCAAUGGUAAUGGCGACAACAAUGAAACGAUCGCUGUAAUUUGUUCCACGUGUGCAUCACUUUAUCAUAAUGAGUGCUUGCAGUCAAGGGUCUUGAAGGCAGGAUACGAUCAACCGCGUGAUUGGAUUUGUACCAAAUGCAGUUUGGAUCAACAAGAAAAAGUUGAUGUCGAUAUUUUGCCAGUUAAAAAGAUCCGAGAAAUUAUUGGCGGUGGACAUGUCCCCCCUGUUGCAGUCAAUAACAAAACAAUCCAAUCGGCAUCGACUACGGAAUCGAAUGCAACAAAACGCACACAUGGAGAUGCUCAAACGAAAGAGUACACUUCUCUAGAUGAGGAGGAGGCCACAGAGGAGAAACGCAGCAAAAUUGAUAAUUCCGUUGUGACGGAUGGAAACAUAGACUCACAAUCCCUGAAAUCACAUUCAUUGUCUGUAGAAAAUAAUCGUAAUAGUCCAAAUAACAUAUCUUGUGAAGAUAUUCCGGACGUUCAGUUGGUAAAAAAUUGGUCGGUGGACAAAGUUUAUGAGUACUUCUGCAAACAAUUUCCCAAAGAAGCCUAUAUAUUUAAGGACGAGGAGAUCGACGGACGGUCACUUUUAUUGCUAAAGCGGAGUGAUGUUGUAAAGAAGUUACCCCUUAAGUUGGGGCCAUCCCUACGCCUGUAUAGUGCUAUUUUGAAAAUUCAGGCGCAAUCCAAUGACAAUACUCUGGGCUGGAACUGUACCCUCUGA